GGUCCAGGCAGACCUAAAUUGAACCAGCCAUGCUUCCGCAAUGUGUCUAUUAUUACUGCCUGGAACACACACAGAGACAAGAUCAAUGAACUGGGAUGUGAGAGGUUUGCAAGAGAAAAUGGCCAGCCAUUGACUACAUUUUAUUCUGUGGACAAGCUCUCAGCCAAUGCAGAUGACAAUGCAACCAAAAAGCAGUGCAGACAGACCAUGAAUCCAAGAAGGUCCACCAAUAUUCUCAGUGCAGAGCUCCAGGAUUGUCUGUGGAAUUUGUCGCACACCCUCACUGACCAUCUGCCAGGAAAAUUGACUCUGUGUGUGGGCAUGCCAGUGAUGAUCAAGAUCAAUGAAGCAACUGAAUGCUGUGUGACCAAUGGAGCAGAGGGUGUGGUUGUUGGCUGGAGGUCCAGACCCAUCAGUGAGGACAAGGAAGCCCUGGAAACUUUGUUUGUCAAGCUCACUGCUGCCCCUACCACUGUGAAAUUGGAUGGAUUGCCAGAGAAUGUAGUGCCCAUCAGCCACCAGUCACGCAAGAUCAGGUGCAAGAUGCCCAAUGGAAAUUUCCUGUCCAUUUCCCGUGAUCAGGUAUCAGUCAUUCCCAACUUUGCCAUGACAGACUUUGGAUCCCAGGGACGUACACGGCCAUACAAUGUGUGUGAUUUGCAUAAUUGCCGCUCUCACCAGUCAAUCUACACAUGCUUGUCCAGAGGAUCUACAUACAAUGGGACUAUUAUUGUGCAGCCAUUUGACCCAAGAAAGUUGACUGGUGGAAUAUCUGGGAGUCUGCGUCAG